CAGAUCCAUGUUCAGUCGGACGAUACGCCGUCCAGCGCUGGUCGCACGGCACAACGCGAUUUCCUUUCCUCAAAGCACUACGAUUGCUGGAUCCCAAAAGAUACACACGGAGGCUAAACUCACGGAAAUGGGGCUCAAGCUGCCCCCGCCAGGGGUGCCCAAAGGAAACUUUGCGAUGGCUGUUAAGAGCGGCAAGAUGAUUUACUUGUCGGGCCAUCUCCCUACGGACGCGAAUGGACAGCUCCUCACAGGAAAAGUUGGCGCCGAAGUCUCCCCAGAGGAAGCUCAGGGUGCUGCGAAAUUGAUUGCCCUCAACCUGCUCUCUUCUCUGAAAAAGGAGGUCGGGGAUCUGGACCGAGUCAAGCGCAUUGUCAAGCUGGUAGGCUUCGUCAAUUGUGUCGAUGGUUUCAGUCAACAACCUAUGGUCGUGAACGGUGCCAGCGACUUUUUUGUCCAAGUCUUCGGCGACAAAGGCGUGCAUGCCCGGAGUGCCGUCGGCACCAACGCCCUCCCCUUGAACAUUCCUGUGGAGAUCGAGGCCAUCGUGGAGGUAGAAGACUAGGAGAGGGCAGAAGCAACGAGGGCGAUGGGAAAGGGGGCAAAACGCGCAUCCCCGGGAAAAUGUUGCCGCGGGGUCGGGAUUUUGAUGGCAUUGCCGAGCAUGCUGGUGUGGAGAAAGAGGCUGUCAGGCAGGGGGAGGGGGGAGAGAGACAUGGUCAAGCGCCAGGGCCCUAACGUUUCCCCAAAAGAAUGAUGAACUGCUG